CCAUCUAAAUUGACGACCCGCCCUGGCUCUGGGAAAUAUAGGCAGCAUCCCUGCGGUCCCAGCGUUCACUCUCUCUCUCUCUACGCUGCACAGCAGAGUGCAACGAGUUACCACAGACAGACAGAGAGCAGACUGGCUGGUUGGAACGGUGCGUUUCCGAUACACACUGCAUCGUUGUUUCAGAGCAGAGAGAAGGCAGAUUAUAACACAGGUACCUACUGGUGUUCGCAGAUAGAGAGGCAGAAAUGUUGGUCAAAUUUGCAAUAGCGCUGUUGGUUUUGUCAGUUUUGGAGCAAGUGGUGGGAUUGGAUAAUAUCGAUGUUCAUGACAACCCGUCAGAGAAACCGGCCAGCCAGAAAGGACGUAUGUCUCUGCAGAACACAGCUGAGAUCCAGCACUGUCUGGUGAGUGCAGGAGACGUGGGCUGCGGUGUGUUUGAGUGUUUUGAGAACAACUCUUGUGAGAUCAGAGGCCUGCAGGAGAUCUGUCUGACCUUCCUACACAACGCCGGAAAGUUUGAUUCCCAGGGUAAGUCGUUCAUCAAGGAUGCUCUGAAGUGCAUGGCCCACGGUCUGAGACACAAGUUCAGCUGCAUCAGCAGGAAGUGCCUGGCCAUUAAAGAGAUGGUGUUCCAGCUGCAGAGAGAGUGCUACCUCAGACACAACCUGUGUUCUGCAGCCAAGGAGAACGUUGCUGUCAUGGUGGAGAUGAUCCACUUCCAGGACCUCUUCCCUAAAGGGCCAUAUGUGGAGCUGGUUAACAUCCUACUGAGCUGUGGGGAGGAGGUGAAGGAGGCCUUAACCAGGAGCGUCCGGCUGCAGUGUGAGCAGAACUGGGGGGCUCUCUGUGACAGCCUGAGUGUCUGCUCUUCCCUCACCCCCCCUCCCGGUCAGUCCCCCGCCUCCCCCGACCACCGCCGCCACGGGUCCCCCCACUCUGAGCCAGACCACGCCCGACCCCCCCGACAGGGGGACAAGGACAAGUCCAGUAAAGGAGGCUUCAAUGUCCACCCCCGCAGCCGCAGCCAGGGUCCCCGCCGACAGAGCCCCGAGGCUGGGGUGGUGGCGGAGCAGGAAGACCCUGAGGCCACAGACAUCCGGAGGUGAAAGAGACAUUGGACCCUAACUAUCCUGAUUCUUCCCCCGACCGUGUCACCAUCGCAGCCCCCCCCCCCUCCCCCCCCACAUACACACACAGACAGAUACUGUACAUGCAAAAACACACAUACACGCACAUCUACACACCUACACACAGACUCUCUCUCUCUCCCGCUCCUCUGCAGUCAUUCCAGCAGGUAACAUGGUGUAGCUCGUUCAGUUACUCCAGAUUGUAGUCCACGAUGUUGUUUCUGUUUAUUAUUGAAAUAUAAUAAGUAUUAUUAUCCAGGUUUUUUUAUUUUAAGUGUUAGGACUUUUUUGGGCUCUAAUAUAGCGUUUCUCAAAUCGUACUCACUGUAACAUUUCAUUAUAUUUGUAUUAUUUAUUUUAUUGUUUAUGCAAUGUUUAAAUAUCCAAAUGUACAUAGAAAUAUACUUAUCUAUAUUUAUACAGUACAAACAUGUAUAAAUAUAGUCACCAUAUGCAGUACUGAUGUACUAUACGAUUAUAGUACAUGGUGUGUUCUGUCGUAUACCAUACCUCCCGACCCAUCACCACCCAUAACCACCCAUAGAUAUGUAACAUUCAGCUUUGUUGUUUCAAAGUGGGAAUGUGUUGUUAGUAUUAUAAUUCUAGAUACUUGAUGAUUAAAUACAAACUUUACUGGUUUUGAAGUCCAGUUCUGGCACAUAUGACUUGUAGUGCAUGAGGUUGGGUUACCAUGGCAAAGUAAACAAACUGGUACAUUCUCUGAUGGCCAGCUUCCAUCGUUAGGAUUCCUACUAUUAGGGAGCCCAGGACACAGCGUCUGUCUGUAGCAGCACAUUCAAUGUGUGUCUCAAAUAGCACCCUAUUCCCUACAGAGUGCACUGCUUUUGACCAGGGCUGUAUGGGCUAUUUGGGGAUGCAGAUAUAGCAGACAUAGCUUAGGUCCUCUGACUUCAGCUAAUGUGCAACCCCAUGCAUCCAGGUGCCUCAACAUGCUGGUCUCUUCUGUUGUGACUCCUCUCUGUGACGCUGAGGUUUACUAGAGUUCACUCGACUGGGGUGACAAUGUUGUACAAUCAGUAAGUAGCACUAGGAAGAUUCAAAGGAGAUUUUCAAUUGAUUUGGUUUAAAGAUGAAUUAUUGAAACUUUUAUUGGACUCAAAAGGUAGAAAUGUUACUGUUGUGGUAACGUACUCGCAGACAGUCCUACGGACACGCUACAGACAGUCCUACGGACACGCUACAGACAGUCCUACGGACACGCUACAGACAGUCCUACGGACACGCUACAGACAGUCCUACGGACACGCUACAGACAGUCCUACGGACACGCUACAGACAGUCCUACGGACACGCUACAGACAGUCCUACGGGCACGCUACAGACAGUCCUACGGACACGCUACAGACAGUCCGACAGACGGUCCUACAGACAGUCCGAACUACAGACACGCUACACAGUCCGAAAGACAGACAUACUACAGACAGUCCUACAGACAUGCUACAGACGGUCCUACAGACAGACGCGCUACAGACGGUCCUACAGACACGCUACAGACAGACAUGCUAGACGGUCCUACAGACACACGCUACAGGCGGUCCUACAGACAGACACGCCACAGACAGUCCAACAGGCACGUCACAGACAGUCCUACCAACACGCAACAGACAGCCCUACAGACACGCUACAGACAGUCCGGCAGACAGACAUGCUACAGACAGACAUACCUACAGUCCUACAGACACACUACAGACAGUUUUACAACACGCUACAGACAGACACGCUACAGACUGUCCUACAGACAGACACACUACAGACAGUUUUACAACACGCUACAGACAGACACGCUACAGACUGUCCUACAGACAGACACACUACAGACAGUUUUACAACACGCUACAGACAGACGCGCUACAGACGGUCCUACAGACAGACACACUACAGACAGUCCUACAGACAGACACGCUACAGACAGUUUUACAACACGCUACAGACAGACGGUCCCACAGACGGUCCUACAGACAGAUGUGCUACAGACAGUCCUACAGACACACUACAGACAGUCCUACAGACAGAUGUGCUACAGACAGUCCUACAGACACACUACAGACAGUUUUACAACACUACAGUCCUACAGACACGCUACAGACAGACACGCUACAGACAGUGCUACAGACAGACACACAACAGACAUACACGCUACAGACAGACACACAACAGACAUACACGCUACAGACAGUCCUACAGACAGACAUGCUACAGACAGUCCUGCAGAUAUUCAUACAGACACGCUAGACAGACAGUAGCACCCCAGAAACUGCAUCUCAGUAAGCAUCAGUAGUAUGAUUGACUAGUAUGAUUCGCUACAGACAUUCAUACAGACACGCUACAGACAUUCAUACAGACACGCUACAGACACGCUACAGACAUUCAUACAGACACUCUACAGACACGCUACAGACAUUCAUACAGACACGCUACAGACAUUCAUACAGACACGCUACAGACAUUCAUACAGACACGCUACAGACGUUCAUACAGACACGCUACAGACAUUCAUACAGACAUGCUACAGACAUUCAUGCAGACACUCUACAGACACGCUACAGACAUUCAUACAGACACUCUACAGACACGCUACAGACAUUCAUACAGACACGCUACAGACAUUCAUACAGACACGCUACAGACAUUCAUACAGACAUGCUACAGACAUUCAUGCAGACACGCUACAGACAUUCAUACAGACAUGCUACAGACAUUCAUGCAGACACGCUACAGACAUUCAUGCAGACACGCUACAGACAUUCAUACAGACACGCUACAGACAUUCAUACAGACACUCUACAGACAUUCAUACAGACACGCUACAGACAUUCAUACAGACACUCUACAGACACGCUACAGACAUUCAUACAGACACUCUACAGACACGCUACAGACAUUCAUGCAGACACGCUACAGACAUUCAUGCAGACACGCCACAGAUAUUCAUACAGACACGCUAGACAUACAGUAGCACCCCAGUAACUGCAUCUCAGUAAGCAUCAGUAGUAUGACUGACUAGUAUGACUGAUUGACUAGUAUGACUGAUUGACUAGUAUGAUUGAUUGACUAGUAUGAUUGAUUGACUAGUAUGAUUGAUUGACUAUUAUGAUUGAUUGACUAGUAUGAUUGCCUGCCUGUUAUGAUUGAUGAGUAUGAUUGAUUGAUUGACAGGUGUGUUUCUGAUGAUACCACUGAGCGCUGUACAGCUGAAGCCAUCUCCAGACUCCAGACGGAAGCCAGUCUGUACACUAACGUGACACCACAAGACUAUGAAAGCCCACUCAGCUAAACUCCUAGGCAUUAGCCCAGGGAGCUAACAUAAAUAUUGAGGUUUCUGCAGUCAAGUAACCAGGAGCAGUCAAUCAACAGUGUCUUUCUGUUUAACCUCCAGGUCAGACCCCCCUCUCUCUCUUCCUGGCCACAGUCAUAUGCUAAAAUGGCACCCUAUUCCCUACAUUGUGCACUAUAUAGGGAAUAGGGUGCCAUUGGGACGCCGCCCAGUGAGGACCCCCACACUGGCUCCGGCUGCAGUCCGCUGUUAUUCUAAAUGGUAGAUUUACCUAGGCCACUAGAGAAUUCCUCUGGGCCACAGCCAAAAGCUGUCUGGCCGCAUGAGGAGAGAGGAAAGGAGGACGAGACCUCCACUCAACGGUUCCUGAGGAGCGACUUUCCCUCUCCUCCUCCCCUGUUCCUUCUUCCACCUCUUCUUACGGUUCAGAGGUGUAUGUUGGUCAGUCAUGGAGGCUCUCCUGCCCCUCUAAGCUUCGACAUGUCUAUUCAGAUGAUGUGACAUCCUAUUGCAGUUCAUUGUCUUAUCAUUGGACACCAGGUGUGUCCCUUCAUUAAUAAUGUAAAUGACUGUAACUGACAAUCUGUUCCAUAUUCUGUCACUAUCUUCUGCAUUUUGUGUUCCGGGAGAAAUAGUCUGAAGUGCUUCCUGUUUCUCAGUGUUCCAUACAGCACGUCACUUCCUCUACACCUCCAGUUGUGCUCAUGGAUUAGCAGCCGCACCAGAAUGACCAUACAGAAUGUGGUCUGGUAUGGUUUUAAUUCACCUGUCUGAUAAUGUGUAUACAAACAGUACUAUGAAACUCUAAGGACUCAUGGAAUCAAAAUCAACAGAAAUGUAUCUUGAUAUCAUUAAAGUGUAUUUUUGUGUGAA